GACGAUAGACGCACACAGUUAUCGCGGGAUUUCUGGGUAGCAUGGCGGUGCUUCUUGAAACAACUUUGGGAGACAUUGUUAUUGAUUUGUUUACAGAGGAGAGACCAAAGGCAUGUUUAAACUUUCUGAAAUUAUGCAAGAUUAAAUACUACAAUUAUUGCCUCAUCCACAAUGUGCAGAGAGACUUUAUUGUUCAGACAGGAGACCCCACGGGGACAGGUCGAGGGGGUGCGUCAGUGUACAGCACACUCUAUGGGGACCAGGCAUGCUUUUUUGAUGCAGAAAAGACCCCUCGGAUCAAGCACAAGAAGAAAGGCACGGUCUCGAUGGUGAACAAUGGGAGUGGCCAGCAUGGUUCCCAGUUUCUCAUCACCAGUGGGGAGAACCUGGACUAUCUGGAUGGAGUACACACUGUGUUUGGGGAGGUGACAGAGGGCUUGGAUGUGUUGGCUAAGAUUAAUGAGACAUUUGUGGAUAAAGAUUUUGUGCCAUUUCAGGACAUCAGAAUAAACCACACAGUUAUCCUUGACGAUCCCUUUGAUGACCCUGCUGGCUUGCCAGUGCCGGAUCGGUCUCCAGAGCCCACCAAAGAGCAGUUGGAUAGUGGACGGAUUGGUGCAGAUGAAGUGAUUGACGAAGAGGAUGGAAAAGCAGUCGAAGAGUUGGAGGAGAGAUUGAAGGAGAAAGAGGCAAAGACUCAGGCCAUUCUACUGGAGAUGGUGGGUGACCUUCCAGACGCAGACAUAAAACCUCCAGAAAAUGUCUUGUUUGUUUGUAAACUCAAUCCUGUCACCACCGAUGAGGAUUUAGAGAUUAUCUUCUCUCGCUUUGGUACCAUUAAAAGCUGUGAGAUCAUCAGAGACUUUAAAACAGGAGAUUCUCUUUGUUAUGCCUUCAUUGAAUUUGAAAGGCAAGAAGACUGUGAAAAGGCAUACUUUAAGAUGGACAACGUGCUGAUUGAUGAUCGCCGUAUUCAUGUGGACUUCAGCCAGUCAGUUGCAAAGAUUCAAUGGAAAGGAAAAGGUGGGAAGUACACCAAAGAUGAUUUCAAGGCCUACGAGAAGGAUCUAGAAAACCGAUCCAAACUGGCUCUCAAGAACCAGCCCAGACAUGAUUCAAAGUAUGACCUGCUGCUGGACGAGGAUGAGGCGGGUGAUGGGCAUGCGAAAAAAGAGAGAAGGCACCACCAUCACUCUGACGAGAAGGGAAAGAAAAGGUCCAAAAGACAUCGGGAGGAUGGUCACCGGGACAGAGACAGACAACGCUCCCGGUCCCGCUCCAGAGACAAGCAUAAAGCUCACCAUCAACACAGCCACUCACCCAAACAUUCCAGAGAGCGGGACAGGAGACACCGCUGACAAUUCCCAGGAUUCUCUUUUUCUCUGUAGUACUGACUCAAAUAUAUAUUCUUAUAUUUUUAGGGUUAGUCAUUAGUAA